GCAUCCCUCCCCUCCCACCUCCCCCUCUCCUCCCACCCUAGCCAACCACCACUCCCCCUAGGGCUGCCGUCCGUCGCCGGGGCACAGGCCCGCUCCCCGCUUCCUCCGGUCCCGGAACCCCUCGAGGCCCUCUCUCGAUCCGAUGCGCCAGCCCGUCUGAUCCGCGGCCCUAAUCGCGCCAAACUCGCGCCGCCAUGGAGGAUCCCGCGGCCGUCCUGCGUGCCUCCGCCCCUCCUGCUUCUGCCGCGGAGGCCACGGCGAGGGCUCCUGCGAUGGGCGCUGUGGCGCCGCCGCCUGCUCCCGCGGCCCCGACGGCGGCGGGUGCGGACGGGGGCGGGAGGCAGAUUUUCUCCGUGGAGCUCCGGCCAGGGGAGACCACCAUUGUGUCGUGGAAGAAGCUGCUCAAGGAGGCCGGCGUGGCAGCCGCCUUGCCGCCAUCUCUGCCUGCCGCGGCGGCUGUGCAGCCCGUCGUCGAGCCCCUCGCGGGGCUGUCUGCUGCGGCACCUCCCACAGAAAACGACCCAAAUGAUCCGUCACAGUCAAAUCGGUUCAAUGCAGUUAUUGAGAAAAUUGAGCGCCUUUACAUGGGCAAACAUAGUAGUGACGAAGAAGAUCUGGAUGAUGUGCCUGAUGAUGAUCAGUAUGACACUGAGGAUUCUUUCAUUGAUGACGCUGAAUUGGAUGAGUACUUCGAAGUCGACAAUUUGGCAACCAAGCACACUGGAUAUUUUGUGAACAAAGGGAAAUUGGAACAGAGCGAGUAUGGCUCAGUACAAAAUGCUGUAGCAGAUGGUUCAGUACAAAACGUUGGACCAAAGAAACGGAGAAGAAGAGAACCAUCAAGUUCUUACAUUGAAAAUAACCGGGAGUUUGCAGCAGGCAGCAUUCCUGUAAAAGACCCUAAAAGAAAUGCCCUUGAAACAGGAAAGAAUUUAGCAAGUAGUGACAUAAGUUCUUAUAGUGAGUAUCAGUCUGAAGGCAACAAACCAGUGAAGAAUAAAAGUACUUCCCCUGGAAGAAUGCAGAAAAUGAAGUCCAGUGACCAUGCAAUUGGUGCUGAGCAUGCAUCAUAUCUAAAUAUAUCAAGUAAGGAUGUUUCAUUGCCUUCAGAAAUAAAUGACUUAGACAAGUAUAAAAUUGCAGUGCCCCAGGCUGUUGAUUUUGCUCACAAGUCUAGAAUCAAUGAAGCAGAUGGCUACCAUUAUCCAGCAUACUCGGACAAGGAUGCCCCGGUGCGACUUGAUCUCCAAUCGGAAAAAACUUUUAAUGGGCCGAAGCAAGAUUUAUCAAAGAAAAUGCGUCGCAAAGAGAAAUAUGGUGUCAGUCAAUUUUCUGGCUUGUCUACUGCCAACAACGCAUAUUCGACACAAACCACGCAAUUGUCCGCGAACAGGCGUAUAGAAGGUUCAGGUAUCAAGGCCAAGGGUACCAGGCUUGAACGAGCUAUUCGUGACCUCCAAAAUAUUGUCAGUGAAUAUAGACCUCAAACUCUUGAUAUUCAAGACAUAGAUCCAAAUUGUCAAGCAGCGGUCAAAAGAAGAUUGCCACAAGAAGUAAAACAGAAGCUUGCUAAGGUCGCAAGGUUAUCGGCGAAUCAGGGUAAAAUCCCAGAAGAGGAAUUGGUCAAUCGCCUCAUGGGCAUAGUGGGGCACCUUGUGCAGCGUAGGACACUGAAGAGAAACAUGAAAGAAAUGGUUGAAUCAGGCAUUUAUGCUAAACAGGAGAAGGCUGAUAAGUUCCGGCAAGUAAAAGUUGAGAUCUGUGAAAUGAUCAAAACACGUCUAGCCACAGGGCCCAAGGUUACUGAGCCAAAGGAUGAUUCAGCAGAUGAUUUUCAGGGGGCUGUCGAUAUAGAUGAAAGAAGGGCCUUGAAAGGAAAAUUUGUUUUGGAUGCUCCAUUGGAGGAUAGGAUCUGUGAUCUAUAUGAUUUGUAUGUUGAGGGUAUGGAUGAAGAUAAGGGCCCUCAGAGUCGCAAGUUAUAUGUAGAGCUUGCUGACUUAUGGCCACAAGGUUACAUGGAUAAAGUUGAAAUCCGAAAUGCCAUUUCAAGAUCAAAGGAGCGAAGAAAUUUAUUGUACCGGCAGCGUAAGGCCCGCAAUGAAGAGAGAAUGAAGAGGAGAAGGCUAGCUGCUGCCUCCAAGUUGCGAGAUGGCAAUCCCGUGGUUCCACAAUAUACGGUGGCACAACAAGCUGUACAGGUCCCCAUGAAAAGCACACAGCUAUCCAUGUCUAGGCCGCAUAUCGAAUAUCCUUCUGUUAGCUAUGGAGGUAAUCAGGCCUCCAGAAAUGCGGACAAAGUUGGUGAAACUGGCGUUGGUGCAGCAUCGGACGGCAACCGAAGUUCGUCUACUGACAUUAAGAAGCGAAAACUAGGAUCUGACACAGGGGAUCUGCGAGCUGACCCAUCCAAGGCUCCCCUGCGGCAUGGUAGUGAAAAGCAGAAGCCCGCAAAGCGUGCGGACGAGGCAAAGGUCAGCAGUAGCCUUCCCCAGACAAUCGCUGCCGUUGUAGGCUACGACCCCCAACGGCCUGGCUAUAGCUAACCAACCGUUGCGGUUGUACCACUGGAGAACAAAAUAAAUCCUCCCCAAAGUUUGGUCUGUAACAAAGAUAGAUAGAUAGAUUUUCCAUGUGCUCGCUGCCGAUUGACUUCUGAGCAACCAUUUAACCUAUGAAUCUUGAUUGAGAUGGGUAUUUACAGCCCAUUUGUAGUUUUGCUUCGUUUAGUCAGCUUCGUUUGUCACGGCAGCUGUUCAUUAGGGUGGCUUGUAUCAUUCUACUUGACUGUCAGUUGUUACUCGCUCGAUCCGAAAAAUGUGCCAUUAAAACUUGAUCAACUGUAUGUGCAGAAGUGGUAUUCGAA